AUGUCCACCAUCCUCAUCACUGGCAGCUCUCGUGGCCUCGGCCUGGAGCUCAUCAAGCAAUACACCGCACUACUCCCCGAGAAUGGCCUCAUCGUCGCCGCCGCCCGAAAAUCCACCCCGGCCUUGGAGGAGGUCAUCUCGCGCGAGCAAGGUCGCGUAGCUUUCGUUACGCUGGACCUGGCGGAUGAAGCCAGCAUCGUCCGCUCGGUCGAGGAAGUCCGCCAGCUGUUGGGAGACCGUAAACUCGAGAUCCUGGUGAACUGCGCUGGGGUCAUCGGAGAGGCGCAGGAGAAGGCUGGGUUGUGGCUGCAAACCGAUAUGGGGGGCAGCAGUGCCGAUCUCACUGUCUCUCAGGGCGCAAAGGCGGUUUUGGAUAUCGUCGUCGCGGCGGAUGAGAAGUCGAAUGGGACUUUCAGGAACAUUAAUGUUGCGGGAUCGGAGAUCUAUCGCGGGGAGGAGAUUCCUUGCGACUUCGUCGCGGAAGGACAUCACGGAAACGAUCUUUCACAAGCCUCAAGGGUGAGUGAGGGUUCUUUCCGUCCAUUCAGGCCCUCCAAGGCGGCACAUAACCAAGGACCAUUUAAGCAGCGACGAGCGAACAUGCAGACGGAACAUGAUAGGUCCUCCCGCGGGGAUCUCAAUUCGCCUGCAGGUACCGAUAGCUCGAACUAUCAUGCAGCGCAAGCAAGAAGUAUAAUCGAAGUCGAGCUCGAUGAUUGCCGACAUAUCAGUCACGAGCAACAGUCUGCUCUCAAGGCUGCACUUGAUCUUGUGAGCCAGAUUGCGGACACUGAGCGCUUGGAGUCAGAUGCCACCGCGGAGGACAGGUUCUCAAUAGACCCGGAUAUUGCUAUCCCAGACGCUCCACCGCCUGAAUUAAUCUUCAUGCUCCUUCCAGGUAAGACUGCUUUGGCCUGUUUCCGUGCGAUGGAAGGUUACCAGUGGCCUGAUCAUAUCUCCGAAGAAUCGUUAGAAAGAAUGGCUACUGAGCUUUUGAAGGAAGACUGCAAGGGUCAAGUCUUCCACCAAUACUCGGUCUGCGUUUAUGUCAAGGCCAUUUUUCACAGCUAUAACCUAGCCAGAGGUGUCACAAGCGUCACGGUCAAACAGCAGCUCUUCCGAUCCAAGUCCACCUAUAUCGCUGCAGCAAUACAUAGCAUUCAUAAAUUCGACAUUCUCGCUCCUCCAAGUCUCGUUUCCAUACAGUCUCUACUCUCCAGCGCUUUCCUGAUGCAACAUCUGGGUAGAAUCAACCAGUGUUGGAUACUCAAUUCCUACGCCGCUCGUCAGAUCACAGCAUUGGGCUAUCACAAAAUCCAAGAGACGCCCCCUUCCUCAGGGGUGCAGAAAGAUAUCCACAACGCACUAUUGUGGUGCUUCUAUCUUGACAAAUGUCUUAGCUCCCUUCUCGGCCGACCAAUGUCCCUACCGGAUCUUUCUGUCUCACCCACCGACCUUCUUUCCAUAGACUCAUCGCUACCAUACGGAUCACUCUAUCGGAUUUUUCUCGAGGUGGCCCAGAUUCAGGGCGAGUUACUUUCUAUACCUGCCCACGAGAAACGUAAUUCCAAUCGAGAACCCAUGGACACCAUAGAUAACCUCGAGGCUAGAAUGCGGAGGCUUCUUCCGGACUUGCAUGGGCACCGCAGCUCCACCCAUAGAUCAAUAGAGCUUGACUGGAUUAGUGCCGACUUCUGCUACUAUGCCGUGCUCGUCGAAAUUUACAGAACGCGACUGAGGUGCUCAUUUAGCCCCAUGACUCACAAGGAAACUCUACUCUGCGCGCGAAGAUCCCUGGAAGCGUUCCAGUACCUCCAGCAGCAUGGCGCAGAGAUGCCCGGCUUCAACGAUCCAUAUCCGUCUUUUCUCACCUGUCCGUUCUUCGUCCUCUUCUGCAACAUAAUCGGCUCUCUAGAUCAACGUGACUAUGACCUGAUGCAGAAUAUUAUCAAUAACUUAUCACAAUGCAAGCAUGAUCCGCACCUACAGAAACUCCUCGACCUCUUGACGUCGCUUGAGCGACUUUGCGCGCCGUUGUUCCAGGGGAAAGCCGCUGGGAACGUAUUGCAAGGAGCCAGCAAUGCACAAAUCCGAAUACCUUCUACCCCGGUCACUAUCCACAACAUGAACGGCAGUUUGGAAUUAGGCAGCGUCGCUCCUCAAGAAGGCCUCUUAGCUCAAGGCAUGAACCAAGAUGCCUCAGAGGUUCCAAACCCGGAAAUUGGCUCCUCUAGCGAUUGGCUUAUGUGGCAGCUGUUCAACACUCAGAUGCCGCUGGGUUGGAUGAAUCCGGAGUUCGCUGCAUACGGGUUUAACUAG